AUGGCGUUUUUGGGAGGAUCAUUGCGCGUGACGAGGAGUACCGGCAGCCAGAAGAUGACGGAGGGGAAGAGCCACAGCGGGCCGGGGGCGUGGCGGCAGGCGCCGACGCCCGUGAGGCAGCUCUUCUGGAGGGUGAGGCGCACCGUGCUGCGGCAGAAGCGCCGCGCCGUGAGCUUUGGGUACGACCUCAAGAGCUACUCCCAGAACUUCGAUGACGGCCUUGUCCCGGCCCACCGCCUCUAG